AUGAAUAAUCCUGUAUUUAAUGCUGCCAAAAUAGCUUUAUCAAAAUAAAUGAAAAUUGCUGAUAGUAUUGAAUUGUAUAAGUACUUUUUAAAUUUUCCAUCUUUAUGUUCAAUUGAUUAAUUAAAGUAAGACACUCAUUAAGAAAUAUUAUAAAAAUUAAUAUUUUUAGGAGGAUUUCAUGAAAGAAGAAAUUGUGGAAUCAUAAUUAAAGAUAUGGUUACUAAUUGUUUAAGAUAAUUUAGAAAUUUUGAACCUGAUUUAGAUAUUCCAAAUUUAGUUUAAUUAUUCUUAACAUUAAGCAAUGUUCUAUUAUAUGAUGAAAAGUUAAUAAAUUUUAUUCUUAAUCAAUUAAAGAAUAAAUAAGAUCAAAUUUAAAUUAAAUAAUUAUAAUCAAUCUCUCAUUGUUUAUAUAAAUUAGGAAUAAAAGAUGAAUUUUGGCCAGAUCUUAUGCACUAAAAAGUAGUUAGCUACACAUAAGUUUUUGGAAUUUAAGAUUUAGUAUAACAUAUUCAUAUUGUUAGUAAUUAAGUAUUAUUAAAUGAUUUUUAAGAAGAGAAACUUAUUUAAUUAUUAGAAUUAUUACAAUAAAAAUUUGUAAAUUAAAAAAAGCAUAUAUUUUUAUCAAAAUUCUAAUUUUAAUAUACAUAACUAAUGUUUAAUUUAUAUCCAGAACUUAUUAAAUAAAAUUAUGAUCAUCCAAAAUGUGAUUAAAACAAUAAAUAUAAAAUAUUUUUUGAUUAUUUUUACAAAGAUUAUUAAAUAUGUAGAAUGCUUUUAGAUAGAAAAGAUAGUAAUAUAACAAUAGAUUAUUUUGAAAAUGAUAAUUUUCCUAAUUUAAUUAGAACCAAAGAUGAUCUAAUUGAAAAAAAGAAAACAUCUUUUGAAUAAAAUAUUGAACAAUUAUUAAAGAGAUUUAAUUUACAAUAUCAAUAUUAACAUAAAUUAUCUAUUUAUGAAAUUGACUUUUUUGUAGAAAACAAGUUUUUAAUUAAUUGUAAUGGACCUACUCAUUUUGUAUAGAAUUUAGAUAAGAAAGUCAUUAGAAAAUCUCCAAAUUGUUUAAUGUAGCAAAGGUAAAAGAUAAUACUUAACAAAAAGACAUCUGAAACAAUUAGAUAAUUAUCAAAUAAUAGACAUAGAUUUUCAUAUUUGGGACAAAUACGAUACAACAGAUAAAUAUACCAGAGAGUUCAAAAAAUUGUUAAAUUUAAUUUGA